AUAGAUCUCGUCUCGGCCAACAGUGCGCACUGAUGCAGCUCGAUUUGAUGUAAACACAUAACAAGUGCUGCGUAACCGUCGACAAUCUCCCGCCUUUUCAGGACGGCUAUCCCACUGCAUAUUUCCCGCCAAUCUCACUGGUCAGUCGGGAUCCAAGCCACGGAGGAUACGGAUAGUGCCUGUGCUUUCUGUUUCCUGUUGUCGCGUUCCGUCGUUCGGCUCAUUCGAACUCGCUGAUCGUCACACGAAACGAUCGCGAUCGCAGAUUUAUCGAUCGUUAAGUGUCACGUUGCUUUAUCAGCUGGAAUCACCGCGGCGAUUCCUGCGGAUUCCUGGUCAACAUGUACAUCAAAGUGAGGAUGAUGGACGGGAAGAGGGAAGUGAUCGUGACGAUCUCGAAGCUUACUCUGGUGGAAGACUUGAAGCAUGAGAUACAAAAGGAGCUACAAGUCGAUACAGACCUGCAAAGAUUGUUCUUUCGUGGCAAACAGUUGGAGAAUGGCUACAAGCUCUACGAUUACAAUAUCAACUUGAACGAAGUGAUACAGCUCAUAGUUAAAGUAAAAGCAGACAAUGCGGAAGAGAAAGCAACCUCCAGUGAUAAUGUGAAAAAGAAAGAGCUAAGUGAGACUGAAGAAGAGGAAGAUGAAUUGGUAGAAAAAGAAUUAUUGGAAGCUGAAAGCUUGUACUACAAGGUCGGCGACGCAGUUGACUGUUACGAUCAGACACAUGGUGCCUGGUUCGAAGCCAUUGUACAAAACAUUUUUAAAAAGGAAGAACAGAUACUGUACAACGUGCGCUGCGAAUUUGAUGACAAACUUCCUUAUAAUGUACCUGAAAAAUCCAUACGGCCACGUGCUAGACGUGUGCUAUCGUUUGACGAAUUAUCUGUUGGCCAGAAAGUGAUGAUAAAUUAUAACGUAGAUGAUCCGAAGAAUGUUGGACUGUGGUACGACUUUACAAUAUCUAAAAUUGAUAGGAAAAGAAGAUGGCAUGAGCUGAGUGGUAUGCUACGUAUGAGCGAUGACCAUCAGCUUAAGAUUGAAAAGUUCAGUCCCAAGAAGGAUAUAUUCGCGAUAGAGACACCCAAGCUGUUAGCCGAGAGAACUGCGGAGGAUGAAGGAUUUAUGAUCAGUAACGGCAAGCGCAGACCCAUCAUUGCUACCUGUUCAUCGUGCAUGGAUGAUGAGAAUGAGAAGUGUCGGGAGUGCGGCUGCAAAAUUUGUGCCGGCAAACAUGACGAACAUUAUCUUCUACUGUGCGACGAGUGUAACUAUGCCUUUCAUCUAUCAUGCCUAGACCCACCACUCACGGCAAUUCCAGAUGAGGAUUACUGGUACUGUCCCGAAUGCAAGAACGAUGACAGCGAAAUUGUCAAGGCGGGAGAGAGACUGAAGCAAUCGAAGAAAAAAUCAUCCGUUCGAGAAGUUAAAGAUUUGAGAAAAGAUUGGGGAAAAGGAAUGGCCUGCGUUGGAAGAACGAAGAUAUGUAGCAUUGUUCCCUCGCAUCACCGUGGCCCGAUUCCAGGGAUAGAAGUUGGCAUGUGUUGGAUGUUCAGGAUGCAGGUGUCGGAAAUGGGCGUGCAUAGGCCGCACGUGGCCGGCAUUCAUGGGCGAGAGACGGACUGCGCGUAUUCCAUCGUUUUGUCAGGCGGCUACGAGGACGACACCGACAACGGGGACGAGUUUCUGUACACCGGUUCCGGUGGAAGAGAUUUGUCAGGUAAUAGGAGAGUCGCGAAGCAGAGUAGCGAUCAGAUGCUAACCAGAAUGAACAAGGCGCUGGCCAGGAAUUGUAAUGCCAAGUUAAACGCGGAGACUGGUGCAAUCGCCACACACUGGAAGGAGGGAAUACCGGUUCGAGUGGUGCGCAAUUCCAAAUUGAAGAAGUAUAGCAAAUACGCGCCGCAGGAAGGCAACAGAUACGACGGCACGUACAAAGUGGUGAAAUAUUACCCGGAUGUAGGCAAGAGCGGUUUCCGCGUGUGGAAAUAUCUCUUGAGGAGAGACGAUCCCUCCCCUGCACCGUGGAGCAAACAGGGUAAGGCGAGAAUCGCGUCACUCGGUUUGAAGUUGAUAUAUCCCGACGGAUAUCUGGAAGCGAUGAAGAAAGUCGAUACGGGUGUUAAGAAACGAUCCAUUCCUGCCGACAAUAAUGCCGUUUACAAGAGCCCUCCCACGAAGAAGCGUAAGCAGCGUGCUUACGAUUUGGAGGACGAAUUGAAUAAUGUAAUAAAAAAUGAUAAAUUGAAUACUAAGUUGUGGGCCGAGUGCAGUGAAGCGUUGCCCAUGGGAAAGGCUGCCUUCCUGGAACGUGUUUCGGAAAGAUUCAUGUGCGCUUGUUGCCUCGAAAUAGUUUACAAUCCCGUAACGAUUCCCUGUGGACAUAGCAUUUGCUUAAAAUGCUUGAAACGAAGCUUUGUCUCCGACGUACACUUCUGUCCCUCGUGUCGUUACGAUUUAGGUAAAAGUUACAACAUGGAGGUCAACCAGUCAUUGGCGUCCGCGUUAUUACUGAUUUAUCCCGGUUACGAAAACGGAAGAUAACGUCAAUUUCGUGUGGUAAUAACGAAUAAAUUGCUGUCGUUUAUUUGUGUAA